GGUCCGCAACGGCUGCCCGCCUCCCCCACGACGCGAAACCUUCCCCGCGCCAACGAACGCUUCGCACCGCCACCCACACCCACCAGUCCACCUUCACGCACUUCGCCUUCUCCCCCAGCUCGUCUCCCCUUGCUCGGCGUCUGCCGCCUCGCAGCCCCGCCGAUUUAUACACACAACCCGCCAUGCGCUUCCCCACCACAGCGGCUUCACCCGCGCCGAACCCUAGUCCCACCGCCCCCAUGGCCGCAUCCAUGGCCGAGGACGCCGACCCGCCUCCCCCGCCCCCGCCGCCGCUGCCGCCUCCUCGCCGCCCGCACAAGCAGCUCCAGCCGCGGGGGUACCAGGUGGAGGUGUUCGCGGCGGCGCUGCGGGGCAACACCAUCGCGGUGCUCAACACCGGAUCGGGGAAGACCAUGGUCGCCGUCAUGCUCGCGCGAGAGCACGCGCGCCGCUCGCGCGCAGGGGAGGCGCCGCGCCGGAUCGUGGUGUUCCUCGCGCCCACCGUGCACCUCGUCCACCAGCAAUUCGAGGUGAUUCGGGAGUACACGGACCUCGACGCGGUGGAGUGCCAUGGGGCAUCGGGGGUCGGCGAGUGGAGCGCUGAGCAUUGGAAGGAGGAAAUUGGGAGUAAGGAGAUUGUUGUUAUGACGCCACAGAUAUUGUUGGACGCUCUGAGGCAUGCUUUUCUAACAAUGAGUGCGAUGAACUUGCUAAUAUUUGAUGAAUGUCAUCGUGCCUGUGGAAACCAUCCCUACUCACGAAUAAUGAAGGAAUUUUACAUUGGUUCUGAGUGGAGGCCAGCUGUAUUUGGAAUGACGGCAUCUCCAGUUGCUACAAAAGGAGCUUCUACAAUAGAAGAUUGUGAAGCACAGAUUGCUCAACUUGAACUAAUAUUGGAUGCCAAGGUAUAUUUCGUAGAAGGUAGGAAUGAACUUGAGAGCUUCGCCCCUGGUGCAACAAUUGUGAAUAAAUACUAUGAUGCUUACUUGAUUGAUUUUGAUGAUCUGGAAUCAAAGUUACAGAUCUUGUUCGAGGAGUUUGAUGCUUUGUUGGUUAGUCUACAAGAAUCAUCACCUAAUAAAUAUGAAGACACUGAUAGUAUAUUGGAGAUGUCAAGAAAGACCUUGUCCAGAUACCAUGGGAAGAUAUUGUACGGACUAAAUACUCUUGGUCCAAUUGUUACCUUGGAGGUGGUGAAAAUAUAUAACGAAAGCAUUAAGACAGUAGGUGAUUCCGAAGACUGCCUCUUUUCUAAAGCUAGCUUGAACUUACAGGUGUCCUAUUUUAAAGAAGCUUUAGGUUUGAUAGAGGAAAUUUUGCCACAGGGUUAUGAGGAUAUAAUGAAAUCAGAAUCUGGUUCUGCGGAACUAACUAAGAGGGGAUAUAUUUCUUCUAAAGUGGAGACACUGAUCAAUAUUUUCAAAUCAUUUGGCUCAUCAGAGGAAGUGCUUUGCCUGAUUUUUGUAGAAAGAAUUAUGACAGCCAAAGCUGUUGAAAGGUUUAUGAGAGGAAUUGUAAACAUCUCUCGUUUUUCAAUUUCUUACUUGACUGGAGGGAGUACAUCAAAAGAUGCUUUGAGCCCAGCAGUGCAGAGAUUUACUUUGGAUUUGUUCCGAUCUGGGAAGGUGAAUUUGCUUUUCACAACAGAUGUGACUGAAGAGGGCAUUGAUGUACCUAACUGUUCUUGUGUGAUACGCUUCGACCUACCCAGAACUGUUUGUAGCUAUGUCCAGUCUCGUGGGCGUGCCAGAAGAAGCAGUUCAACUUAUGUUCUUAUGAUUGAGAGGGGGAACUUGGUGCAGCAGGAACACAUAUUUCGUAUAAUACGAACUGAAUACUAUGUUAAAAACUUUGCACUGCAUAAACAGCCGAGUACUCCAUCAUAUGAUUUGCCUCUCCAAGUGAAUUACACAUACCAUGUCGACUCAACAGGAGCGACUAUCACGGCAGACUGCUGUGUCAAUCUAAUUUAUAAAUACUGUGAGAAGCUUCCUAAAGAUAGGUAUUACAUGCCAAAGCCUUCCUUUGAGGUGGGUCUCAAAGAUGGGUCAUAUCAAUGUACCUUGACAAUGCCUCCCAAUGCUGCUUUUCGAAGUAUAGUUGGUCCUUCAAGCAGUACAUGUAAUUUAGCCAAGCAGCUUGUAUCCCUGGAGGCAUGCAAGAAAUUACAUAAGCUGGGAGAACUCAGUGAUCAUCUAGUACCCUUGAUUGAAGAGCCUAUGAAUAUUGAUACAACUAUAAAAGAUAAAAAAUGUCUUUCUGGACCAGGAACAACUAAACGAAAGGAGCUUCAUGGAACAAUAAACGUUCAAGGUCUAUCAGGAAAUUGGAUCCAUGAAAGUGGAACUGUCACUCUGAAUCCUUAUAAAUUUGAUUUUCUCUGUGACCAAGAAGGUGAAAACUAUGCUGGGUUCGUUCUCUUAAUGGAAUCAGUACUUGACGAUGAUGUGGCACAUUCAGAAAUAGAUCUCUUCCUUAUCCCUAAUAAAAUAGUCUACACCACCAUAACUCCUUGUGGAAAAAUUCAACUAAACAAAGAGCAGCUGCAUAAAGGGAAGUUAUUUCAAGAAUUCUUCUUCAAUGGUAUAUUUGGUAGAUUAUUUCAUGGUUCCCGAACGAGUGGACUGCAAAGGGAAUUUCUUUUCAGAAAAGGCUAUGAAAUACAAUGGAGCUCGGACAACAUGUACUUACUUUUGCCUUUGAGGCAUUCCUCACAUAUCCGGCAUGAUCUAAACAUAAACUGGGAAGCCAUCGAAUCCUGCUCUGGAGCAGUUGAACAGUUGAGAAAUUUGUAUCUAGAAGAUGGAAAUCUUGAUUAUGGAAAGUUAAUUCCACAUAAAAGAAACAAGGGAGAAGACAUCAUUCAUCUGGCGAAUAAAUCUCUUCAUUUUUCCAGCGUCAAAGAUUCAGUCGUGCUAUCUCUUCAUACUGGGAGGAUAUAUUCUGUUCUUGACUUGAUUUUUGACACAACUGCAGACGACUCAUUUGAUGAGAUGUAUAAUGGGAAAGCUUCACCAUUUUCUUCAUUCGUGGACUACUACCAUCAAAAGUAUGGUAUUGUUAUUCAACAUCCAGGACAACCUUUGUUGCUGUUAAAGCAAAGCCACCAUGCACACAAUCUACUUUUUUCAAAAUUGAAGUACCAAGAUGGUUCUACUGGCAAUCCUCUGCUCGUGGGAAAAAAACAAAUUCAUGCCCGGGUCCCACCUGAACUACUCAUCCACAUUGAUGUCACAACCGAUGUUCUCAAAUCAUUUUAUUUACUCCCUUCUGUAAUGCAUCGGCUUCAGUCUCUCAUGCUAGCCAGCCAACUUCGCAGAGAUAUUGGUUACACUCAAUGCGUACCAAGUAGUCUGAUUUUGGAAGCUAUCACAACUUUAAGGUGCUGUGAGACAUUUUCUCUAGAGCGGUUAGAGUUAUUAGGAGACUCAGUACUGAAAUAUGUAAUAGGAUGUGACUUGUUCCUGAGAUAUCCAAUGAAACAUGAAGGUCAUCUUUCUGAUAUGAGAUCCAAGGCCGUAUGCAAUGCCACACUUCAUAAACAUGGAAUAUGGCGAUCCUUGCAGGGUUAUGUACGUGAUAGUGCAUUUGACACACGUCGUUGGGUCGCUCCUGGACAGAUAUCGUUGCGCCCUUUUCCUUGUAGAUGUGGAAUCGAGACUGCAUUUGUUCCUGUUGAUGGAAGAUAUAUCAGAGACGAUCCAUCUUUUGUUGUAGGAAAACCAUGUGACAGAGGUCACAGAUGGAUGUGCUCAAAAACAGUACCUGAUUGUGUUGAAGCACUAGUUGGAGCAUAUUAUAUUGGUGGUGGCAUUGCUGGUGCACUUUGGGUUAUGCGGUGGUUUGGUAUUGAUAUCAGAUGUGAUAUGCAAUUAGUGCAGGAAGUGAAAUCUAAUGCAUAUCAUCUGUGCUAUCUAUCAAAAUUAAAUGAUAUUGAGGAACUGGAGGCAAAACUGAAGUACAGCUUCUCAGUGAAGAGCCUCCUGCUUGAAGCCAUAACUCAUCCAUCUCUGCAAGAAUUAGGGGUCGACUACUGUUACCAGCGGCUGGAAUUUCUUGGUGAUUCUGUCCUGGAUUUACUAAUCACACGGCAUCUCUAUGUUACCCACACUGAUAUUGAUCCUGGAGAAUUAACAGACUUACGUUCUGCUUUGGUUAGUAAUGACAAUUUUGCACAAGCAGUUGUAAGAAACAACAUUCAUAAUCAUCUACAGCAUGGAUCUGGAAUACUUUUGGAGCAAAUAACAGAAUAUGUUAAGUCCAAUUUGGAGUGCCAUGGGAAAGAGAAUGAAUUCCUCCAACAUGCUACAUGCAAAGUACCCAAGGUUCUUGGAGACAUUAUGGAAAGUAUUACCGGUGCAAUAUUUAUAGACACAAAUUUUAAUGUUGAUCUGGUUUGGAAGAUUGUUGAACCGUUGCUCUCUCCGAUGAUUACCCCUGAUAAGCUUGCGUUGCCACCUUACCGUGAGUUGCUGGAGUUAUGUAGUCACCUUGGUUGCUUCAUAAAUUCAAAAUGUACUGGUGAAGGAGAAGAAUUAAUUAUAGAGAUGACGGUGCAAUUACGAGAUGAACUGCUGAUAGCCCAAGGACAUGACAGAAAAAAGAAGAGUGCAAAGGCAAAGGCAGCAGCCCAUAUUUUGGCCGAUCUGAAGAAACGGGGUCUUUCAAUUAAACAAUGUUUCUCUAAGGCUAAGCAGUUGGAUAUUGUUUCAGAACUGCAAUUUCAAUUGACAAGCUUGGAACCCCAAAUUGAUUAUCCUGAUGUGAAUGGCAGUCAUAGCCUAGAAGCUCUUUCCUCGGUGAGAGAAGCAGUUGUUCUUCCUCUCAAAAUGGAUAAAGGUGGACCCCGGACUGCUCUUUUUAGGCUAUGCAAGAGUUUGCAGUGGCCAAUGCCGGAAUUUGAAUUUGUGGAACAAAGGUUUAGGACUCCUAUUUCUCUUGAUGGCGUUACAACUACAAACUUUAAUAGCUUUGUUUCAACCAUCACCCUGCACAUACCUGAUGUGACAGUCAUUACACUUCAAGGUGAGCGACGAACCGACAAAAAGAGCUCUCAAGAUUCAGCAUCGUUGAUAAUGCUUCAGAAACUUCAAGAACUCAAGGUCUGCAUAUGCAAGACGUAGCGAAGCAAAAUGGAUCGAUAUUCCCCAAAAAGCAACAUGGAUCAAUAUGCCAGUUAAGUUAAUGGAUGCCUCCCUCCCAAAGUGAAUUGUGCUGAAAAUGUGUCUGAAAUACUCGAUAUGCAUAGACUGACUGUAGUAUGUGUUAUUUAGUACUAGGUGGUAUAGUGGUAUGGUACUUUACCGUUCAUUUCCUUAACAAGAAUACCUGGCCACUUGGGUUCUCCAGAAUCUAGUUCCUACUCCACAAUACUACUGUAUAAACAAGCUAGAGCUGUACGUUUCUGCCUUCUCAAAGUUUACAAUCUAUAGUUUUACUUGAUGGAUAAAGCAAAA